AUACUUACCUGGCGUAUUGGAUACCGUGAACAUGCAUGCGGUUCCCCCAGGGCGAGGCUUCUCCAUUGCACUGCGGAGUGACGUGCGCUAAUCAUGUUCGGAACUGGAUUGAACAUGACAUCGUUCUUUUGAGUGUCGGAACUAGUUCCAGUAAACAUGUUCGCGGAACUGUUUAGUUUCACGAACAUGUUAAGUCUAGUAGCUGUUUGUAGUUUGUAGCUGUUUAGUUCCGCGGACAUAUUAAGUCUAGUAGCUGUUUGAAGCUGUUUAGUUCCGCGGACAUGUUAAGUCUAGUAGCUGUUUGUAGUGUAGCGAAUCACGUAUUAAGUUAUUAUUAAUUACACAAUAUUUUUCAAAAAAGGUAUUAAAAAUACAAUUUUUUAAAAGCACUAUAUAAAAAUAGAUUGCCGCUUAUGGCAAUUAUUAUUGUAAUUAUUAUUUUGUAAGGUUUUUAGUUUUAGGUUCAUUGUUACAGCUGGUUGCAUAAUUUAUUAAUGUACUGUAAUUACUUUGUCAUAAUUUCAACUACUCUACUACUUUCAUUAUUUUUCAAUGUAGGUAUUGUACGAUGCACCGGAAACUAUAACCUAUCAGUUGUUAAUUAAAAUACCACGUUAUUCUGAUAUACAACGUAAAUUAAGCUCGUUGUAGCCUUACAACCUUUUUCCCAUAACCGAGAUACCGAAUAGCGAAAGUGGUGAAUGUUUUAAAAUUCUCGAAUUUUGAAUUAUGAUUUUCUAAGAAAUGGUCCACAAACACUUAAGGUUAAGUGCUCGUAGGAAUGAUGCAUGGUCAAGGUCAAAAUCCAUAGCAAAACAUUUUAAUUUAUUCAACUAUCGACUGUAACACGUAGGUCGUAGAGCAUAACUUCAAUAUUAAUAAAAAUGUAAUAUGAAAGAGCUCCACACGCAGUUUCAUGCACUCGCUCCAUCUCACUCUCUCGUAUUCGUGCCAUAUGUCGCCUUAUCUCUUUACGUGGACUCGUGUCGGUUCGAGACUCGUUCGGGUGGACUCGCCGCGCCACGCCUCCGCGCCGCGCGGUACCUAUGCUCUAAUCAUGUCCGCAUGUCCUUCAUGUUCAACGCAUUCGUAGUUCCUGCAUAACAGUACACUUGGAAUGGAAAUGGAACUGUCUGAACAUGUUAAUUUUGACAACUCGGAUUGAAUGAUAUAGUUCCAUAUGAGGACAUAGUUCCAGGAACUAUUUAGGUCCGGAACUACGCAUGUCUAACGUGUUCAAAGUGCUCUCUAAGAAUUAAAUAAAAAGUAUUGUGAAACCCUAGAAAAGAGUAUUUCAUUUAGACCCACACCUACAAUUUCUCGUCCGGGAUACUCAGGAAUAUCAGGGUCUAAAUGAUUUAACGUAUCUACGCAUAUUUUACGAAGUUGUCGCGUGGUGUGAACAACGCCGCGGCCGCCAUACUUAACCUGCGCCGACGCCACGCCGCCGGUUACAUUUUUCAAAGACGAAAGACGCAUUUAUACGACGAUAUACGACGAUUCUGCACGAUGGCGGAGAGCAAAAACGACGAUAGCAAGAAUUUAUUUUACACGAUGGACGCUGUGUCAAAGUUCACGGGUGAUGACAUCACGUACUCUUCUGCGAAGUGGACACAAGAUCUCGACGAUAAUGCUGAUAUAUUUGGGUGGAGCCAGCAGCAGAAACUCAUUAUAGCGCGACGAUGUUUAGCUGGAACAGCAGAAUUAUGGCUAAAAAGCGAAAAAACUUUCAGAAGUUACGAAGAACUAAAAGUGGCUUUGAUGAAGGAAUUCCCUGAGGUGAUAAACAGUAAACAAAUGCAUGAGACAAUGAGCAGACGGAAAAAACAACCCAAUGAGUCGUUUUAUCAAUAUAUGCUCGUAAUGAAAGAACUCGGAAAAAGAGCUAAGUUUCCGGAUUACGUCGCGAUUCAGUAUAUAAUCGACGGAAUAUCUGACUAUGAAUCUAACAAGUUGUUAUUCUACGGGGUAACGUCGUAUUCUGUGCUCAAGGAGAAAUUAGUAUUAUAUGAAAGUUUCAAAGAGAAGUCCAAAAAAAGUGUUGAUACCAUGAGACGAGGUCAGCGAGACACGGCGGUAAUGCCUAGACAGGUUCAUCGAUGUUACAAUUGUGGUGAAAGAGGGCACCUAUCUAGUUCCUGCCGCAGAGGUAUCAAAUGCUUCAAGUGCAACGGGUUCGGGCACAAGGGUACGGAGUGCCGCGCAUCACAAGGUAUGGAAGCUAAAAAAGCAUCAAAUAAUUAUUAUGGAGGAGGUGAUGAACAAGAUCGGCGAUCUAUGUUUGUUCGACAGCAGGAGGACGACGAGAAGAACGAGAACGAACUAUACGAACGUGAGCAAUGCGAUUUAAAAGAGCAAGUGAGUGAAAUGCCAAAUUUUAGUUGUCAACAACUAAAUCAUAUUGUUUCGUCAAAUUUAUUAAGUGUAAACAAACGUGAUUCUAUAAACAUGAGUGUAAAAUCAGUAAAAGUUGGUAACUAUGUGACUAAUUGUUUAAUUGACACAGGUAGCGACUUAAAUUUAAUAACUUUUGAUUUGUUUACAAAACUAAAAUGCGAGUACAUACCAGAAAAAAUGUUGCUUACUGGGUUAGGAAGUUCUAAAGUAUUUUCGAUUGGUAAGUUCGACACAGAUUUAACUAUUGACAGUCACAGAUAUAGUGUUAAUUUGUAUAUUGUACCUACAGGUGGAAUACCAUAUGAUGUAAUACUGGGUCAACAAUUUUUAGUAAAUACUAUCACAGUUAUUGACAAGGGUUUGGUUGAGGUCAGGCCUCCUUGUUAUGACAUAUCGUAUCAAAAUGCUAUCUGUCUAUCUUCCAGUAGCGAUGACCACUGUACAGCGGUGAGGGAAAUUAUUGACAGUUACACACCUUUGAAGACUAAAGAUGCACCUAUCAGGCUGAAGAUUGUGUUGAAGGAUGAUGUACCAGUUUCACAAAGACCAAGACGACUAGCCAUCACUGAAGAACAGUUAGUUAAGCAGCAUGUUGAUGCAUUGAGCAGAAACAUACUUUUUGUUGAUGUCGAGUUACAUGCAAGAGUGAAGAAGGCUCAAGCAGAUGACGAAAGUUUGAAGGUUAUCAGAAAAAUCUUAGAAGAAAAUGAGUAUGAAGAUUAUUUCCUUGAGAAUGGAGUUAUUUACAAGGGUAUAGAAAAGAAGUUGGUGUUACCUAAGAUACUGGAUAUGGAAAUUAUUAAGAAAGCACAUUGUACAGGACACUUUGGUAAAAAGAAGAUAAGGGAUAUUAUAGAGAAAGAUUACUUUAUUACUAAAUUAGAUAGCAAAAUUGAAAAAGUAAUUUCUACAUGUGUACCAUGUCUAUUAGCAAGCAGGAAGUCUGGAAAGAAGGAAGGUUUGUUAAAUCCCAUAGAAAAAGGAGAAUUACCACUGGAUACUCUUCACUGUGAUCACCUAGGACCCUUAGAUGCAACUAAGAAAAUGUAUAACUACAUACUUACUAUAAUUGAUGGAUUUACAAAGUUUGUGUGGAUUUAUCCAGUCAAGACUGUAACAGCAAAAGAAACUGUGGAAAAAUUGAGAUUACAUCAAAAGGAUUUUGGCAACCCACGGAGGAUUAUCACUGACCGAGGUACAGCAUUCACAGGCAGUGAGUUCCGAGAAUAUUGUGAAGAAGAAGACAUCGAACAUGUUACAAUCACUACUGGAAUACCUCGUGGAAAUGGCCAAGUAGAACGCAUGAACAGUAUUAUUAUUUCUGCGUUGACAAAGAUGUGUAUUGAAGAACCUGGUCACUGGUACAAAUAUACAAGCAAACUACAACAAGUGAUAAACAGCACAUACCAGCGGGCAAUCUAUACUACACCAUUCGAACUGUUAACAGGAGUGAAACUUAAACUGAAAGAAGAUUUAUCAAUUUUAGAAUAUUUAGAAGAAGAAAAUAGAUUGCAAUUUAUGAAUAGGAGAGAAGAAGCACGAAGAGAAGCCAAAGCUCAGAUUUUAAGAAUGCAAGAGGAGAAUAGAAAGACUUAUAAUAAACGACGUAAAGUAGGAGAAAUGUACAAGGUUGGAGAUCUUGUAGCUAUUCAAAGGACACAAUUUGGGAACGCCCUAAAAUUGAAACCUAAAUUUUAUGGACCAUAUCGCAUCACUAGGGAAAUGGGGAAAGGUCGAUAUGAGGUCGAAAAAAUAGACAGAAGCAAAGAUGGGCCAGUACGAACUACAUCAGCAUUAGAUUUCAUGAAGAGGUGGCCUUGACUCAAUCUAACUCUGGUCUGAGUGUUUAGGUGCAUUGUAACACUACACUGUUUGUUUAUUUUAGGUUGAUCUAGUAUUUACAUUGCUCAUUUUGUUAUUGAAUAAGUAACUGUGAAUAAUUAUCAUGCAUUGCUGUUCUCUGUGUCAUUGUAACUUGUUUGCCUCUAAACUGAUAGUUUAAACCUACUGUUUUUGUUGUGUUAUGUACUAAGUAAGAGUAAUUACUAUUUGUUUUUAUUAGCUGUGUGCAGAGUUAUAGCAUGAUUGUUUGUAAUAGGUAGUAUAAGGUUUAACUAAAAAUAUUUUUGUAGCGUUAUUAUUGUGUAAAAAUGUUUAGAAAAAAAAAUUUGCAUAGUAGUAGUAUUAGGUAAAUUAAGGUAAAGUUAGAGAUUUUAUUUUUGUUAUUUUUAUUUCAUAAGAACUAUUUUAUUAUCUCAGUACUUUCAGUCUGAGGCCAGACUGAUGUGCAGGAAGGCCGAGUUGUAGGAUUUAAUUAUUACUAACAUUUCUAAUUAUUGUAAAACGUUUCUGAACGAGUGAAAGAUUCUGAACGCAUGAUGUGUGAAAGGGACGGAUGUAGCGCUAGUUCGCUCUCUCGCACGACGCCGCCAUUAGGAGUAAGACGUGUUCAAAGUGCUCUCUAAGAAUUAAAUAAAAAGUAUUGUGAAACCCUAGAAAA